GGGUGACCGACAACCCGUUACUAGGAUUGUCUUGAAAAAACGAAAAUUAUCUUCGUCGUCGCCACCUUCGGAAGCCCUUCAUACAACCCGAUCAAGCAACGAGGAUGGCACGAGUAUCGUCGAAACGGAUACUAGCCGUACAGUUCGAGACGGUGCCCUUGAUAAUGGGUGAAAGGCAAUUACCAAUACGACAUUAACGGACGCACAUGUUUGCCUAUUUCAUAGUGUCGUUGAAAUGAAAGACUCCCAAGACGAUGAUAGCCGUUAUGAUAUCCCUGGCACCACCUCAUCCAUGCCGACGGCCGCCGAGCGACAGUCCAUGAAGAAUGUGGACGGAGCACAGCAGACACAAGAUUACGAAUCACAGCCUCUUGGGAAUACACUCGAUAUUCCAUCCGCCUUUGGCGCGUUCGAGAGAAAUGUCGAGGGGGCCAGCGAUAUCGUCCGUGAGUUGAUGGACAUGUGCCGCGGCCUCCACGACCAUAACGAUGCUUCAGUUCUCGCGGCGCAAAUCAACAUAGGAAAGAACUAUUGCGCCGUACUAGAAGAGAACAAGAAAAUUAGAGAUUAUCUGAAACGACGGGCGGCGUAUGAGCAAAUGGAACGCCUGGAAUUACAACAGAGACUAUACGAAACCCAAUUCAGAUUAAGAGUAUCCGAAAUACUGCAGACUGCGAUGGAGGCUCUACGGUACAUGGAUCGAAUCGACGAGGACCGCAGGGUAACAUGAACUGCCGGAUAGGCGGUCCCUACUAACAAGGUAGGCUUGUCUU